AUGACAGACAGAGUCUACCCAUCUUCCAAACCCACCACCAAUGGCGGCGCCGCCGUGCCCGCCGCUGCUACUACCGCCGCCGCCACAGCCAACCCAUCAAACACCAAGCCCCAACUCCGGCAACCAUACCGCCCACAACCCCACCCACACCCCCAGCCCCCCCACCGCCGGCACCGCAGGAGCAACUGCCACUGCAACUUCUGCUGCUGCUGCUUCUGGUCCAUCCUCAUCAUCUUAGCCCUCGCCCUCCUCGCCGCCAUAGCCGGCGCCGCGGUCUACAUCCUCUACCGUCCUCACCGCCCUGAAUUCACACUCACCUCCGUCCGCAUUGCCAAGCUCAACCUCACCACCUCCUCCGACUUAUCCACUUCACACCUCACUACCCUCUUCAAUCUCACCCUCUCCUCCAAAAACCCUAACAACCACCUCACCUUCUCCUACGAGCCCUUUGCUCUGUCUCUCUCGUCCAGCGACGUCCAAAUCGGAAACGGGUCGAUCCCGGCUUUCACCAGCGGCACCAAAAACAGCACCUUUUUUCGCUCCAUUUUGUCGACCUCUCAGGAUCUCGACGUCGAGUCGGUGAAGUCUCUGAGAUCGGAUCUGAGGAAGAAGACCGGGGUGGCGUUGAAGUUGCAGAUGGACACCGAAGUGAAGGUGGCGAUGGGGAAGUUGAAGAGCAAGAAGGUGGGCAUUAGGGUUACGUGUGAAGGUAUUAAAGGGGCUGUACCUAAAGGCAAGUCCCCGUCGGUGGCUUCGGUUGCUAACACCAAGUGCAAGGUUGAUCUUCGGAUCAAGAUCUGGAAAUGGACCUUUUAAUUAAUUGUUUUCAUUACUUCAAUGCAAUUUUUUCUUUCUUUCAUAUAAUGGGUUUUUCGAGGGGGGGCUUUGUAAACUUUUGAGGAGGAUUAAAAGAUCAUGAAAUUGGUGUUACAAGAAAAAUUCAAGUUGAUACAAGUUGGGAGUAGGUU